AUGCUACCGGAUGAUUUCCCUCACAGUGCCUCACCUAUGCUACCGGAUGGUUUCCCUAACAGUGCCUCACCGAUGCUACCGGAUGAUUUCCCUCACAGUUCCUCACCGAUGCUACCGGAUGAUUUCCCUCACAGUGCCUCACCGAUGCUACCGGAUGAUUUCCCUCACAGUGCCUCACCAAUGCUACCGGAUGACUUCCCUCACAGUGCCUCACCGAUGCUACCGGAUGAUUUCUCUCACAGUUCCUCACCGAUGCUACCGGAUGAUUUCCCUCACAGUGCAUCACCAAUGCUACCAUAUGAUUUCCCUCACAGUUCCUCACCAAUGCUACCGGAUGAUUUCCCUCACAGUUCCUCACCAAUGCUACCGGAUGAUUUUCCUCACAGUGCCUCACCGAUGCUACCGGAUGGUUUCCCUCACAGUGCCUCACCGAUGCUACCGGAUGAUUUCCCUCACAGUGCCUCACCGAUGCUACCGGAUGAUUUUCCUCACAGUGCCUCACCAAUGCUACCGGAAGAUUUCCCUCACCGAUGCUAUGGGAUGAUUUUCCUCACAUUUCCUUCACCGAUGCCACCGGAUGAUUUCCCUCACAGUGCCUCACCAAUGCUACCGGACGAUUUCCCUCACAGUGCCUCACCAAUGCUACCGGAUGAUUUCCCUCACAGUGCCUCACCGAUGCUACCAGUUGAUUUCCCUCACAGUGCCUCACAGAUUCUACCAGAUGAUUUCCCUCACAGUGCCUCACCGAUGCUACCGAAUGAUUUCCCUCACAGUGCCUCGCCGAUGCUACCGGAAAAUUUCCCUCACAUGUAG